CAAAGUUUUGUCAUAGGAUAGUUGGUCGCUGUGCUGAAAAUCUUCCAGAACCUGUUCCUGACCUACGCUCCUAAGCACAGAUCUAGGAUCAGCUCAUCCUCAUCAAAUCCAAACCAGGACCUUAUUAAACCAAAAGGGGAACACUAACCUCAGACCAGCGAUUAAACCCCACGUCUUCCUGCCAAGACACUCUGGACUCCAGCCGUCCAUCCAUCCAUCCAUCCAUCCAUCCAUCCAUCCAUCCAUCCAUCCAUCCAUCCAUCCAUCCAGCCAUCCAUCCAUCCAGCCGUCCAUCCAUCCAUCCAUCCAUCCAGCCGUCCAUCCAUCCAUCCGUCCGUCCAUCCAUCCAUCCACACUCCAGCCAGCCAGCCAUGGGUCUGAUGGGCGAGGACAUGGAGUGCUGUGUCUGCCUCCAGCCCUACUCUCGCAGGGAGAAGAUCCCUCGGAUGCUCCACUGUAAGCACACAUUCUGUGGGCUGUGCUUGCAGGCGAUGUCCAGGCUCCAAAGCGGCCUACUGACAGUCUGCUGCCCCCUGUGCCGUUGGAUCACCUGCACCGAGCCCAGCCUCACCCUGCCGGGGUCGCUGUGGGUUAACACUGAGAUCUGGGACCAGAUACUAGACAGACAACAGGAAGAGGAGGAGGAGGAAGAGGAGGAAGAGUGGAAGGGAGCUAACAGACAGACUCGGACCACUACACAGUACAGAUGUUCUCCAUCAAGGCAUUGUGGCCUGAGGCUCAAACUGCAGAAUUUCCUGAGGAGGAUGAAGCACAAGGUACUGUAGACCGAGAAGACGAAGAGCAGAGAAAAAGAAGACUGGAUUUUCCCAUUUCAGAGCAGGAGAGACUUAUUGAGUAAUGAAGCUAAUUCAUAAAACAGGACCGACCGGUGAUUUUCCAUAAUGAAGCAAGAUUGAACCAAUUAUUCAUAUGCUUUGUGUUUGAUUGACUUUGGGAAUGUGUAAUGUUCUCAGUCGACUUACCUGGUAAAAUAAGGGUUAAAUUAUAAUAUUAAUAAUAAAGGAUGGAUAGGUGGAGGAAAUAAAAAAUAAGAUAUUAAAUGGAUUGAGGAAGAAAGAAAGAUAAAGGAAGUUAUGAAUAGACAGACAGACAGACAGACAGACAGACAGACAGACAGACAGACAGACAGACAGACAGACAGACAGACAGACAGACAGACAGACAGACAGAUAGAUAGAUAGAUAGAUAGAUAGAUAGAUAGAUAGAUAGAUAGAUAGAUAGAUAGAUAGAUAGAUAGAUAGAUAGAUAGAUAGAUAGAUAGAUAGUGUACAUUGUUAAAACACUGUAUAUAUAUAUAUAUAUAUAUAAUAUGACAUUUGUAAUGUCUUUAUUGUUUUAAACCUUCUGUAUAUGUGUAAUGUUUACGGUUCAUUUUUAUUGUUUAUUUCACUUUAUAUAUUCACUUUAUAUAUUAUCUACCUCACUUGCAUUGGCAAUGUUAACACAUGUUUCCCAUGCCAAUAAAUCCCCUUGAAUUGAAUUGAAUUGAUAGAGGGGUGAAGGUUAGAGACUGUGUGCUGUACAAUGUGUGCUGUGGACAAUACAAUAUGCUGUGAACAAUGUUUAUAAUAAUGUUUAAUGAUUUGAUAAAAGGUGUAUUACUGCGUGAA